AUGCAAGCGGCGCAAAGGGAGUGCGCGGCUCCAGGUGGCCCUUGUCGCAAGUGCACAAGCCCAUUGUCAUUCAUUGGCAUUGUCUGCGCCCCAGCGAGAGCGGCAUAUGCUGCCGCGGGCAGAGCAGCGCAGCGCAAAACAGCAAAACAGAGCAGCGCCGGCAAGAUAGGUGUGCAUGCCGCCGCUGGCACUUGUGCGCACGAGCAUAAAAGCACAGCUGGGGCAGCACAUGACCCACCAGGGUUGGCCAGCCCCCUGCACCUGUGCAAAUCGCUGCAAAUCGCCUCUAUUCCCAGCCAAUGGCAGGGCGUGCAGGCCCAGGCCUCGGUUGGCUAA